AUGGUCAUCGCGCUCCUUUGUAGGCGUUUUCAUCAGAAAAAACUCAACCUCCCUCCAGGUCCAAAGCCCUGGCCUAUCGUUGGAAACUUAAACCUCAUUGGCACCCUCCCUCAUCGUUCACUCCAUCAACUCUCCCUAACAUAUGGUCCCCUAAUGCACCUCCGUUUUGGCUCCUUCCCCGUUGUGGUCGGCUCCUCCAUGGAGAUGGCCAAAGUUUUCCUCAAGACCAUGGACGUCACUUUUGCUGAUAGGCCCACAACUGCAGCCGGAAAGUAUACCAGCUAUAACUUCUCUGACAUCAUAUGGUCCCCUUACGGACCAUACUGGCGCCAGGCGCGUAAGAUGUGCCUCAUGGAAUUGUUCAGCGCAAAAAGACUCGAGUCCUAUGAACAUAUUCGUGUGGAAGAAAUGAACUCACUUCUUCUGGGGCUGUUCCAAUCUUUAGGCAAGCCUGUCUUGUUGAAAGAUUAUCUCACAACUACUAGAGCUCAUAAUAUAUGUCUUAUCUUUAUAUGA